AUGGAAAACGAUUCUGAGUGUUUGCUGGUAUCUAGCGAAACGAGUGAUCCAUUUGCGACGGUACUAAUCAAUCCAAAAACUGGUAUUUCUUGUUGGUCCUACAAGGGAGUAGAGUUACAGGGAACUGUGACAGGAUGUGUUGAAUUGCUUGGUCGUGAUCGAUUUGUUGUAGUUACGAAAAACAAACCCUUAUUAUAUAUCAUUUCUAUUGACGGUAACAAACGUACUUAUGCUAAAAGUGUUGUACCUAAAGGUGUUCGAUAUGUUGCUGCUACAUUCGAUGGUAGCCUACUAUUUGCUGCUGUUCAUAAUAAAGUGUACAUUUGGAUUGUUGCUACCGGCGAGCUUGUCGGAAUUACUGAUGCCCAUUAUCGUCCCAUUUCUUCACUAAUUCUUAACUCUGAUGAUUCUUUACUAGUAACUGGAGCAGAGGAUGGUAGCUUGUGUGUGUUUCUCGUUGCUGAGUUGAUGUCGACAGACUCUAGUUUAGGCCAUGUUCAACCAUUCCGUGCAUGGCAAGCGCACUCGUUGGCAGUCAGUGAUAUCUCCGUAACACGUAAUUCAAAUGUUCGUAUCUUAUCAUGCUCUAAAGACAGUACUAUUUCUAUUCAUUCAGUUACAGGCAAUAUGUGUCUGUUAAAGGUCUCGUGCGAUGCACUUAUUUCAUCUUGUGCGAUCGAUCCUGCCGAAUGUCGAAUAUUUUUGGGUGCAACUGAAGGACAUAUAGCACAAUUAAAUCUUUAUACUUUGGACAAAACACAAAUAUUUCUUAAUACCAAAGAAAGUGUUAACGGAACUUUACCACUAUUCAAGCUUCACUCUACUGAAAUAACACAGCUAAAAAUAAAUCACGACGGCUCUUUACUUGCAUCCGGUGAUAUUUCUGGCAUUUAUGCGAUCUGGGAUAUCCGUAGUCACCAAUGUUUAAGGACAUCAUCUUCGAGAGGAGCAAUAUGCAAAUUGCAAUUUGUCGCGCGGGAUCAGUUCUUACACGGAAAUGGAAGGAAAAGAGCUUUUCAAACUUCUGUUUUGAAAAUGCAGAUCAUCAAGAAGCCAUUGAUGUCUGUGGAUGACACGUACAUUAUGGAUCUCGACCGGGUCAUUUGUGAUCACGUCAUCACGGCGAUCCGACCAAACACUGUGCAGCAUGCUGUAGUAUCGAAUACAAGCAAUACCAUAGAAGAUAUAGAAUUGAAAAUUGAUGAGAGCUCUGAUAACGUAACUAUCGAAGCUCUAAAAUCCAAAGUAGCAGCAUUAGAAAAAGCCAAUCAGGAAAUCUAUGAUUUUGCAGCAUCAAUGAUCAUUGGUCGAGACGAGAGCACCUCGUAA